GCUGAUGCGGUGUGUCUUAUGUCGUGGCUCACUCGUGUGGUAUCGUGAUUGGUGUCAUCAUUCAACAUGAGCGACAACGUGGUAUCCGAAGUACAAAAUCUGAAUUUAACGGACGAAAAGGCACGAAUUUCCUAACUUUAUGUACAAUUCGGGUUUUAUCGCUCUUUUUAUUCCUUAGUAUUGUCAAACUAUGUUGACAAGUUUCCGUUCUCACCUUUGUAGGGCAGUUUACAGCGUUACUAAGUGGACACAUGCUCGGACGAAAAUGAAAGCGGCGCAAAAGAAAAAGACUGUCGAGAUAGAAAACUCUGUGUCUGAACUUAAUCCUUGGCCCACAUAUAUUCAGGACCGUCUUGUGUUAUGGGACAAGCUGAAAAAUGACUAUGAGGUUGCAUUAGCAGCAAAGACUCCAUCUGACAUAACUGUGACUCUUCCAAAUGGCAAAGAAGUUAAUGCUCAAUCUUGGCGCACUACUCCUUAUGAUGUUGCGAAAGGUAUCAGCCAGGGCUUGGCUGACAAUACUGUGAUUGCAAAAGUCAACAAUGAAUUAUGGGAUCUAGACAGGCCUCUGGAGUGCGAUUGCAAGCUGCAACUGUUGAAGUUUGAUGACCCAGAAGGUCAGCAAGUGUUUUGGCACUCCAGCGCCCAUAUCCUGGGGGAAGCAAUGGAAAGAGUUUACGGCGGUUGUCUGUGUUACGGGCCUCCUAUCGAGAAUGGCUUUUACUACGACAUGUUUUUGGACGACAAGGGCAUCUCCCAUGCCGACUUCUCAUACUUGGAGAAUCUGUACAAAAAUAUAGUCAAGGAGAAGCAGCCGUUCGAGCGGCUGGAAAUGACGAAGGAGGACCUUCUGGAGAUGUUCAAGUAUAACGAAUUCAAGCUACGGAUUAUAAACGAGAAGAUACACACGCGCACCACCACGGCUUACAGAUGCGGUCCUCUGAUUGAUUUAUGCAGAGGACCACACGUUAGACAUACUGGUAAGAUCAAAGCCAUCAGGAUCACGAAGAACUCCUCCGCGUACUGGGAGGGUAACGCAAAUGCAGAAUCGCUGCAAAGAUUGUACGGUAUAAGCUUUCCGGACGGCAAACAGUUGAGGGAAUGGGAGAAAUUCCAAGAGGAGGCGGCUAAACGAGAUCAUAGGAAGAUCGGCAGGGAACAAGAGCUGUUCUUCUUCCAUGAGCUAUCACCCGGCUCCUGUUUCUUCCAACCUCGCGGCGCUUACAUAUAUAACACUUUGAUCGAGUUUAUUCGCUCCGAGUAUCGGAAGAGAGGCUUUCAAGAAGUCGUCUCUCCGAAUAUUUACAACAGCAAGCUAUGGCAAGUCUCGGGACACUGGCAACAUUACGCCGAGAAUAUGUUCUCCUUCGAUGUGGAGAAGGAGACCUACGCGCUCAAGCCGAUGAACUGCCCGGGUCACUGCAUGAUAUUCGACGUCCGGAAUAGAUCGUGGCGCGAGCUACCGUUCAGAUUAGCGGAUUUCGGUGUCCUACAUCGCAACGAACUGUCGGGUGCACUAACGGGUCUUACCAGAGUGAGACGGUUCCAGCAAGAUGACGCGCAUAUCUUCUGCUCCGUUGAUCAGAUCAAGGACGAGAUGUUAGGCGCUCUCGACUUUCUACGGCACGUCUAUUCCGUCUUUGGAUUCACCUUCAACUUAUGUCUGUCUACUCGACCUGAGAAAUUCCUCGGUGAUAUAGCAGUCUGGGAUCAGGCUGAGAAAGCAUUGGAGGACAGUCUGAACGCGUUUGGUGAGCCGUGGUCUUUGAAUCCUCAGGAUGGUGCGUUUUAUGGGCCCAAGAUCGAUAUUACCAUUCGAGACGCACUCAAAAGAGCUCAUCAGUGCGCUACGAUACAGCUGGAUUUCCAGUUGCCAAUUAGGUUCAAUCUGUCUUACGUCAACGAAGCAGGGGAGAAGAUAAGACCAGUGAUCAUACAUAGAGCUAUCCUGGGAUCUGUAGAACGCAUGAUCGCUAUUCUGACUGAAUCGUACGCUGGCAAGUGGCCGUACUGGCUUUCACCUCGGCAAGCGAUGGUGGUGCCGGUAGCGCCUCAACUCGACGAGUAUGCUUACAAGGUGAAGCAGAAACUCUGGGACUCUGGCGUUAUGGUAGAAAUCGAUGUGGAUCCAAACGACAGUUUCAACAAGAAAAUCCGCAAUGCUCAGCUUGCGCAAUUUAACUUUAUUCUUGUUGUGGGAGAGAAAGAGCGUAAUGCUGGCACAGUGAAUAUUAGAACGAGAGACAACGUGGUGCAUGGUGAGAUGAAAGUGGAAGACCUGAUCGAAAAAUUGAAAAUCUUGAAGGAAACAAGAGAUCUAAGAGGGGAUCUAAAAUUUUAAUUCAAUGAUCCACAAUAAAGUGUUAAUUAUUUAUUUCUAGAUUUAUUUCUAGACUAUGUGCACAUCUUUAUCUGACAUCACCAUCUGGUCUAAACUUUGAUAGUACACAAGGCUUACCUUGUUUUACUGGAAAUUAUUUUUUUGUUUUCAGUAAAAGACAAUUGAUGAUUUAUAAUAUAUGCAUUUUUUGUACAUUAAUACAGUAUAAUGACUGCAUAAUUAAUAAACAAGCAUAUGGUAAUACAGCAUAAUUAAUAAGCAGAAACAAUGAUGAGCAUAGUGAAACAGAUUAAACUUUGAUAAAGUUUCCAGUUUUGCACUUAAAAUUUUUCUUAAGGGGUGUGAAGCAAUCCCUUUUCCAUACAAAUGUGAAAAUUAUAUGAAAGAUGUGUCUUAUGUGUGCUUUUACAAGCUAGCAUUUACAAUAAUACAAUAAAAAAUGUAUUCGAUCUUGUA